UGCAACCAACAACACGUCUACGUGCCGAGAGUGUGCUGUUGCUGCAGCUGCAGUGUCGACAUCAUCAUCGUCGGCUGCUGUUGCUGCCGCCGGGCGAGGCGCUGCUGGUGCUGGUGCUGCUGCUGGAGACUAUCAACAUCAUCAAAAUAAUCGCCCUGUGUGCACGGACAAUAAUAUGAGGAGUGGCAGUUCGGAAUUACUACUCGAGCAGCAACAACAAGAGUUACGGUUACGUAAACUACGAGAACUGGCUCCGAAAAAGAAAAAUGGUAACCGGCGCUUUCGUUCGUGGCGCGAACGUGCCCGCUUUUAUGCUACCUCCACACUCGCCUUCUUCUCGGUGACCGCCGGUGCCUCGCUACUGUUCCUCGUGCCCCUCUAUGUCGAUCCGGCGAUAUCGACCCUCAGUCACGAUUUCAUCGAGAAUCCCACGCUCUGCACGACAUCGCGCCGCGAAGAUCUCGUCGGUAUAUUCAACUGCUCGUGGAGCUCGUGCCGCGAGGGCUGCACCUCCGAUCUAUACAAGUGUGUUCAUAUCUAUGUGACGUUUAUCGAGGAUAAUAUCACAAUACCCGAAAACAUGACCGACUAUACAAAUUACACGGCCGAUUGGACGCAAUCGGAGGAGGCCACCCUGCUCGUCAAUAUCAAGGGCUGUGGCUAUCCGCCCACGGUCACGUGCAAAACGUUCAAUGCAUUUUACGGUGUCGAGGGCGCCAUCUAUCCAUGUUAUUAUUCGCGCAAAAACAAAACGGUCGUACUCACGUCGUACAGUCACGACGACCAGGUCCAUGUGAUUGUGCAUUUUUUUGCCGUGCCAUUUGUGAUAACAUUGAUCUCAUCGAUAGCUUUGUGCAUAAUGCACUGUGACUGCCGCUGUAAAAAGGAUCGUAGUCAUCGGCGUAAUCGGCCGCAGUGCCGGCGGCCACGUAUUGAUAAUUUAAGGUAA